UGUAAGUAGAGCCUUGUUCCAGCUACCUCUGCCUGAGUGGCGUGGCCCGCGCGGACACCGUGGAAGAGGUUCACGACGGGCUCCACACGCUGCUCACCGUCUGCUGUAUGCUGUGCAAGCCGCGCGUGGAGGACGUCAACAAUAUCAACAAUAGUCCAGAGCGCUUAGCGGCAGCUCAAUCCCUCCACGUAGCCCUGGGAAGAGGCUUGUGCGGGGCGCGCGCCGACUUUUGCGCGCUCUUUAGUGGCGCGGAGGUGGUCGCGCGAGACUUUGUUCGCGCUGCCAGGACCGGCCAUUUGCUGAGGGUCAUGGCCGAGCUGGACCAUCAGCUGGUGCAGGAGUCGUUCAUGGAAGGCGGGUGGGGCCUGGAGUUCCGUGCCGCGGUGCAGCGCCUGCUCACCCAGCACGCGCCCAGCGAGAAGGAGGCACCGAGAACUAACCCUUGCAUGCAACAACCCAAGUUGGAUGAGGCGCUGGCGGAAAAUAUGGUGAUUGAUUUGGUCGUUCUCAUCGGGUACCUGGUCGUGAACAACCCACUGCUGCAGGAGACAGUCUGCUCGGGCUGGAGCGUGGUCCGCAUGCUGUGCACGCUGCCGGCCAACUGGCUGGUGUCGGGCGAGCACUCUGCCGCGCUGCUGCCGACACUGGCGGCGCUGGCGGCGCACCCGCCGGCCGCCGCCGUCAUCCGCGCCGACCUCAGCCUGGAGAUGCUGCAGAACUACUUGGAGAGCGAAGAUGCUCAGAAACUGAAGCUAGUCCACCUCAUCAAGCAGGGCCGCGCCAGGAAGCCGCCUGGUAAGAAAUAAAAGAGGAACCACAUUGCCGCGUACCGUACGUAUGCACGCAUUAGUUUCAUGUACCGUUAAGGGCGUCUAUCUACUUUUGAGUAGCAGGCGAUUUAAGAGCCCCUAUAUACGAUAUUGCCGUACCUACCAUGACUAGAGCAUUUCUAUUUGAUUUUAUGAUUUUAUACCUGACGGUUGCCAACGAAACUUUUACUGUGUAGCAGGAUUGUCGUCUCUAAUUUAAAUUGAUUAUAGUGUAGACAAAAUUGGAAACCUUCAUGAUGAUCACAGUUUUUGUAUUUAUAUAUAUCAAGUAUCAAACAGCUGCCUGCUAAAUGAAUGCGGGUUAGAGAUUGUACCCUCCGAAAUAUCAACUGAAUACAUAUAUAUAUUAUUUAUCUUUCUGACGUUGUAGUUAAAUCUUCAGUCAUCAACAAUGACCCAAACUAUAGAAAUUGAUUAAAUCGCUUAUGAAUGAAUUUAAAAUACAUCCCGACGACCUUUCGAACCGAACCCUUAGCGUUCGUGGUCAAGGGGUUAUUUAAUCCGUUUCCAUCGUUCUAUUUCAUAAAUAAUUGUCGCGAUAACCGAAGACAACAUUAAUUACACACAAGUUACUUCAAAUAUAUGUAUAUGUGGUGCGAUUAAUAUUAAAAUUCAAGUUAAAAGGAAUUAAAAUUAUUCUAAGGGCCUAUUUACACAUUCAUUAUUAAGUACGAGUUUAUACAAUUAAUAAAUGGCAUAUGUAUGAACUCAUACUUAACACUCAAUCAAUGUGUAAAUAGGCCUUAACGCAUUUAUUAAAAAGUGUUACUCGUUACAUUACAUUACACACAUUAGCAUAGGAAGCAUCUUGAUGCUUCCUAUGGCGACUUGUUGCCAAUUAUGUAUUGGACUUUUUAAGGACUUAAAAUAUUAACCGAUUCACAAUAUUCGUACUAAUUUCUGCUAUUUCUACUCGCAUCUACAUUGGCAUGCAAUCUACAACAUAAGAAUAUGACAUGUUCCAAAGAAACUACUUUUUUUUCUGUGAAAUAAGUCGUUGAGAGUUGUUUCGAUUGUUGUUGUUACGAUCAACUUAAUUUCGAAUUAAUUUAACGAUGUAAUUAUUUAAUCAACUGAAUCUGAUACCUACUUGUAAAUAAAAGGACAACAUCUGUUUAACUGGAGAAACUAUAAAAUGCUUUGCCGACGAUGAAGAUAUAUCUGUAGAAAAGUACUUAUAGAUACUAAUGACUUAUUAUGUUUUACAGUAAAUAAUGGUGCUACUUUACCGCCCUAGUGCGGUAACUAGCACUAAACGUGCAUAUGUCGAAAAUUUAAAGGGCCAUUUGUACUGUAAAAUACACGUGCGAAAUAGUAAUCGCAACUCUUUUCGAUUUAUAACACUCCCUUCGGUCGUGUUUUAAAUUAUCGCCACUCGUUGCGAAUUUCCUACUUUUCGCACAUUUUUUUUUUUUUUUUAUUUAUUUCUAACAUACACAAUAAACAAAUUUACAUAUUUGAAAUUUCGCCAAACUGCGGAACAGUUUGUUGGCGAAUAAAAACAACAUGUAUAGUAGUGUACUAUUUGGUUGUAGAUGUUUAGUGCCAAAUAUACUAGCACUUUUACUGAGCACAAAGCAAGGUUGUUCAUUUCGUCAGCAUUUAUUUGAGUAAUGCUUGCAUUUAGCCAAUAAAGAUACUGAGAAAAAUUAAACUAUGUAUUGCUUGAGUCGGGCGGAAUGUGAGUAAAUGUCUUGUGUUGUACUGAAAGUACUGAUAAAUAUCGUCAUAGAAUUGGUUGAACUACCCGUGCGAAGUCGGGGCGGUUCGCUAGUUUUGUAUAAAUACCAUAUUUUUAACGGUUUUGUUUAUUAAAUAUUAGGACUCUGAUGUACCCCAAGGGUGUCAACCGGCACCCUGUUAGUCGCUGCUAAAUCGUCCUCCUCUUUGUAUUGGCCGUUUUAUGAAUUAACUUUUAUUAGAAGGUGACUUGAAGAAUAUUCAAAAUUAACUGUUAAGACAUAGAAUCUUAAUGAAAUGUAACUUUUGUACCGAUGUACUUUUGCCAAUAAUUUAUGAACUGUUCGAAAUAAUCAAGCCUUUUUGUCGGUUGUGGCCUGAAGCUAAGGUCUAAUCAAUUUUGUCAAAUUAUUAUUCUACAAUAUAAAAUGUACGAAAAAAGGUACAAAAUUACUGAUUUUAUUACGAUAUCAUCAGUGAUGUCCCUGGAAGUUUUUUAGUCUGGUUAGCCAUUUUCGUAUACAAUUAUAUAUAGUCUUAUAAUUUUCUAUUCAAACAAAAACAAACAAAACGGAAGCGGUUCUUGUUUGUGAAGAUGAAGAAUGCAUUUUGAAAUGAUAAGACUUUAGUAAUAUGGACUGCUAGUGGUGCCUUGGGGAGUUCUCAAUUUAAAUGUGAAUUGCGAGAAAUUGUAUGGUAAACUGUAACAAUAAGUAUGUAUAAUUUUUGGGAAUGCUGUGAUAGAAGUGCGAGAAAAGAAUUACUUAAAUUACGUUUCAUUGUGUAGAAACUUAACAAAAAAGUAUUGUUAUACAUAUAACAUAAAAGCUUAAAAAGGCUUAAGCCAAUCCAAUAUUGGAAAUAUUUUUCUAUUUUAUUUUCACUUUUAUUUUAGGUAUUUAAUUUUGUGAUAAAUUUCUUAUUACUAAAACUGUGAUUUAAGUAUAUUUUUCUUAAUUAUACUCUUACUCAAAUUAAUAUUUUUUAUUGUAGUCUGUAAUGUCACGAUGUGUUCUAGUGAUCCAAUGUAUUUUAUCUGUGAUUUCUUUUCAUUAGAUGUAGUAACUUCUCCGAGUGAAACUUUCCUGUGUACUUCAGUGGCAAAUAAAUAUUUGUGUAAAAGUAAAA